AUGGGCUGAGAAGGGGUAAAAAAAGGUGAGCCCACGAACUUUGGCGUGCACGCGGUUGGCACUCGCCCUCCCCGGUCGGAAUCGCGUGAUGCAUGCGUCGGGCCGGAGCCGUGGGUCCCGCAGGUGCACGCGCGGCACGGGAGAAGCACGCAUCCCGCGGCAGGCAGGCAGGCAGGCAGGCGUGUCUCCGCGGGGAUCCCCAGCCAGGCCAGAGAUGGGCAACGCGAGCGGCCGGGCGGAAGACCUCGCGGACGCCGACAUGGACGACGGCAACCACGUGCGCCGCGCCUCCUCCUCCUCCGCGGGCUACGUCCGGGGCGGCGGGUCGUCGUCGUCCCCGCCGGCGAGCCCGCCGAGGCCGCAUUCGCCGCGGAUGUUCGUGCCCCAGAGUCCUGUAACUCCGUUGCAAAGAGCUGCAGAAGUACCUCCUCCAGUGUUCAACCAGAUAUUGAUGAAUCAACAACAGGAGGAUUCUGAUGGCCCACCUCAAAAGAAAAUUCCCACGUUGCUUACGUGGACUCUUGGAGGGAGAAAUAUCUAUGUAGAAGGAUCAUGGGACAAAUGGACGUCAAAGAAACCUGUUGAGAAAUCCGGAAAAGAUCACACCAUUCUACUGAUGCUUUCAUCUGGAGUUCACCGCUAUAGAUUCAUUGUGGAUGGAGAAAGAAGAUUUAUACCUGAUCUUCCCUGCGAAACCGACAAUAUGGGCCAGAUUGUGAACCUAGUAGAUGUCCAUGACUUCAUUCCUGAAAGCGUGGAAAGUGUAUCUGAGCUGAUGGCGCCUCCCUCCCCGGACUCCAGCUACGGUUUCCAUGUUCCCGGCGAAAAGGAGUUCGCCAAGGAGCCACCUCAGCUGCCGGCCCAGCUCUACCUCGGCGUGCUGAAUUCACGGAGCUCGGAGGAAGGCUGCGCGAGGCCGAGGCACGUCGUCCUCGACCAUCUCUACAUAGAGAAGGGCUGGGGCGCACAGCCGCUGGUGGCCCUCGGCUACACCCACAGGUUCCGCUCCAAGUAUGUGACCUGCGUCCUGUACAAGGCCAUCGAGCGGUAGCCUGAGCGCUGCUGUCUGUGCUGCCGACAAAGCUAGCUCAUCCAAAAAGAAAGGUUGCAGUGGUGAACUUGGCAGUUCAUUCAGGUUUAGAAGUCUCUCCUGCAUAAUUAUUCGUUCAUCUGAUAAACUAAAGAGGUGGGUGCAAAUCCAUGUGAAUCUUUUUUUUUUGGCUGUUAGAGCUUAGCAAUUCUGAUUCUUCAAACUUUCUUUGGGAUAAUGAUAAUUUUGACGGCUUAGUGCCGGGACAGUAAGGAUGUCAGUCUCAGGCCUGCUUAUUGACAUGUGCAAAUGGUGGGGAUUUUACUGCUGUGGUCUGCUGCAA